AUGAAUGGGAAGGUGGCUCACAGAGAGGUGCGACUGGGGCCGCAGAUUGCGUUUGCUGUGGGGUUGCCGAAAUUAGAGGGGCUGGAGAUGGGGAUGGUCGUGGUGGUGGCUCGGCGAUUUGGGGGAGUGAUUGUGGGGGGAUCGUGGUGGCCGUUUAGUGGUGUUGCGGCUGGAGUGGUGCUGGCCGUGGUUGGAGGUGAUUGCCAAGGUGCGAGUGGCGCAAUAAGGCUGAAAGGGAAAAGGGUAAGUGAAGGUGCACGGAGAGUGGGGGCUGCUACCCGAGGAAAAAGAGGGAUUCUGGAAGAGUGGAAGUAG